AUGGUGUCUAUUCCCACCGCUGCUCCCUCAGCUUAUUUCCCGUCUGCUGACAGCUAUAAUAAUAAUAUGGAAACGAGUAAUAAUGAUCAUGAUCUUGACAACUGCGCUGAACCCCCUUCAUCCUUACCUUACUUCGCAAAUCCAUCUCGUCAUGAAUUCGCUACGGCGUCAUCGUCAACUUCUCCCACCUCCAACCGAGUUGUCGAUUCGUCGCGAUCGCUCCAUGGACCAGGACAUGGACAAGUACAGCUUAACCCCCGCAGCUGCGUUACGUGUCGUCGCAGGAAGGUUCGCUGUGACAAGACGAUUCCCUGCGCGAACUGCAUCAAGGUUGGAGUUGAAUGUGUGUUUCCUGCUCCCGGAAGGGCACCUCGCAAGUCGAAACGGCCGUCAGAGACGCAGCUGCUUGAUCGGCUGAAACGUCUGGAGGGCGUGAUUGAUCAACUCCGUGGCGAGAACGGUCGUCAUCCGAGUGUGAACGUGGACGCAGUUGCUGGCAUACCCGCGACGAAGAAGUCCCCAACUAUCGUUCCCGCCUUACUGCAACCGCAACCGUCAGCGCUGAAAGAUGCAACCUCUAGCCGGGAAUCGCAGACAGAAAAAGCAGGAUGCCUUCAGGGCGUGAUGGGUCGGGAUUUCAGGAAUCUCGAACUACGGAAUUUGGGGGCUGAGGUCGGUAGGUUGGUCAUUGACCAGGGGCGGAGUCGAUAUGUAAGCCACAAGCUCUGGGAGAGCCUAGGGGAUGAAAUUGAGGAAUUACAGGACCUUCUGGAUCCGUCGUCUGACGAGGAAGCUGACUAUCCAUCCCCUGACUCGACCCCGACAUCCCUCAACAACAGUAAUGCCUUUUUCUUUGGCCACUACUCCCUUGCUCACUCGUUGCGCGUAUAUCAUCCCUCUCCUGAUCAGGUCCAAACUCUAUGGAAUACGUAUGAAGGGAACGUUUUUCCAUUAAUCCCGAUCAAUUACCCGCCGACGACCAAGAAACUGGUCAGAGAAGCGUGGAUAAAUACUGAUUCUCUCGACAAGAUCUCCGAGGCAUUUGUUCUUACUAUAUACUUUGCAGCUAUUGUCAGUAUGUCUCCAGAAACAUGCCUUCUUCAAUUGGGGGAGGACCGGAACGCCGCUGUGGCACGCUAUCGCUUUGCUGUCGAGCAAGCGCUAGCAAAGGCGGAUUUUCUGAAUACCCAAAGCUUGAUGCUCUUACAGGCAAUUGUCCUGUUUCUGUACUGCGUACACCCUCAGGAUGAUACCAAGUUUGUGUGGUCCAUGUCCGCCGUCGUAGUCCGCCUAGCCCAGGGAUUAGGGUUACAUAGGGACGGCACCAACUUUGGGCUGUCGCCUUUCGAGACGGAGAUUCGUCGGCGUCUCUGGUGGCAUAUCUGCUUGCUGGAAUUUCGAUCGGCCGAUGAACACGGGGCGGAAUCUGUUAUCCACGAGAGAAUGUUUGAUGUCCGGCUUCCGUUGAAUAUCAACAUCGAUGAUAUGAACCCGGAAAUGCAAGAAGCUCCGCCAGAACGGGUUGGCUAUACCGAGAUGACGUUCGCCCUUUCUCGCUUCGAAAUCAUAACUUUCCUCCGUCGGGUGUCGAACUGCGGCAAAUUUUGCAUCACUGAACGCAGUGAAAAGCUGGUGCAGGCCAUCCGCAACCAUCUGGAAGAAAGAUAUAUCAAGUACUGUGAUCCCAAAAUCCCGAUGCAUUGGGUCUGUGUGACGGUCAUCCGUAUAAUAUUGGCAAGAUUCUGGUUGUUGAUUCAUCAUCCCCUGACCCGGAGCAACCGUGAGACCCCCCUGUCACAUGUGUCCCGAGACAGCCUGUUGGUAACUUCUGUCGAGAGCAUCGAGGCCUUUGUUCUCCUGUGCAGCCAGGAAGUCACUGCGAAAUGGGCUUGGAUGUGUCAGAUAGGCACUCAAUCCCCCGCCAUUGUGUUCAUUUUGUCGGAGCUUUGUGUACGGCCAAUAUCGCCGCUCACCGAACGGGCUUGGAGAGCAGUGAGUACGUUGUUUAAGGAUUGGGAAAAGAACGCGAAACGAAUGAAAGGGAUGAUGUGGCGACCCAUUCGACGCCUGAUGGAUCGAGCUGCUACCUUCCGAGCCAAACAGCAGGAGGAGCUUCGGACCAAGGCUGGCGGAGGAUCGAUUCCGCCUGCGCAGGGUAAUCUAUUAGAAGCUGCUUCUAUAUGUGUGUUUCCUGAAAUAUCCAUUCCUACGACUCCAGCUAUCGGUAACCCGGAAGACAUGAUGCAAACUGAGCAAGCCACCACGCUCGGCAAUAGUCCUGAUUUCUAUGACAUUCAUUACAAUGCGACAAGUGACCUCUUCCCAAGCAGAUAUCGGUUCGCCAAUUCAAACCCGGUCACUGCUACGGUUAACCGAGCGUCUGCGCCUCCUCAUCCUUCCAGCGCCACUACCGCCGCUGAUACUUUCAAAAGUGAAACCGAUGCCAUGGAUACUUCUCAAGGCUCGCCUCUUGGGUUUGACCCCGGUUGGGAAGCAUGGAACCGAGUUAUGCGCGAAUUUCAAAUAGACGCUGAGAGUGAUCUGACGAGCUAUUACGAAUUAAACAACCUGUCCGAAUGGCUUCUUUGA